GUUCAAAAGAAGAAGUGACCAUCACCAAGGGGAAUAUUUACUAGCUGAAAGAGAAAAACACACAUACACACCAUCAUCUUGCACACAAACUCCAUCAUUCACAUAAGACUCUUCGUCAUGUCAGGAGCAGCAAAACUGAGGAAAUAAGGGGAUUUGUUGAUUCAGGAAUAAGAGCAGUUAUCAGCUGGAUAAAGAACUUACUGAAGAUGAAUAAAUGACGGGAAGUGUCAGAAGUGAUGUGAAGCUGCUCAGGUUGAGAAAUCCCCUGGAUUCCGAGUGUGUGUGUGUUUUCCCUGGUGUGUGGACCUCAAAACACAAAACACACAAAGUUUAGAAUUUAACAAAAAGAUGGCCGAUCUGAGACCUCACCUCACUCAAAAACCAAACCUGCCACCUAAACCAAAGCCACACACACCAAGCACCGUCACUACACACACACCGGCAGGGACCAGAGGACACACACAGGGUGUGCAUACGUCCUUAUUAACAACAACAGAGCACUUUCAACAGACAGGCCAUGUUUACUCAUCCCACGAGAACAGACAGAAAGAGGAGAGACAGAAGAGAGCGUGGACAACAGAGCUGCAGGUGGAUGUGGGACGAUCAGAGCCAGAUGGCAGGGAGACAGACGAAAGCGUUAAAGCAGAGCAGAGUGUGAAGAGCUUGACAACGCCCCCUCACCACCAAGAUGAGAAACACUGCCACUGCGUCUGUCACCUCCCCCAGCCGGGCAUGAGGCUGAUGUGGGUUCCUGUGGAGGACACAGAGGACAGAACACAUGCAGGACAAAACAUAAAUAAUGGCUCUCUACAGGGAUUUGACAAAUCUCCAGGCAUGGAGAACUCUGGCCGGAGACGGAGGAUGAGCAUCACAGUAGAACACACUCCUGUUAAAUCUACCACAAUGCCUCAGUGCUACAGCUGCCACAGUUUCCGCCUCCAUCACAGCCCACAGCACGAGGCGGCAAGUGAGGGCAUAUAUGAGAGCAUGGAGGUGUUCUUCUCUUCACCACCUCCUGAGGAACCCAUAUAUCUACAGCUCCAACCAUCUGAUCACACAUCCCCAACCCCGCCCACAAGACCAAUACCCCCACCCCGCCCACUCGCCACCCUGCAGGCCAAUCAGAAGGAGAAGCGGAGCACGCAGCCUGUUCUAGCGUAUGUACUCUCACCAAGAGGAGGCCGUCCACCAAUCAGAGCUCGCAACAGCUGUGAAAGAGGAAGCAGAAUCCCACCUCUGCGAAAACAAAAGACAGAGGACCAGAAACAAGGUGUAAACACAGAGACAAAAGAAGACACAGAGACUCGUGAUCAGGAGCUGGUGAUCUGUGAUGGAGAUGGUGGAGAAGAGCCGCUGCAGUGUGUGAGCUCAGCGCCCCACAGAAGGUGUGUGAGCGAGUGUGUGAUGCAAGGAGAGGUCACACUGUGGCAGCAUCUUGGAGCAGUGAAGCAGAGUGGAGUGUUACACACACUCACCUACAGAGAGAGACAGAGACAGGAGUGUAUGUUUGAGGUUGUGACCUCAGAGGCGAAAUACUUGCGUUCACUCAACGUGCUCAGAGAUCACUUCCUGGGGUCACGGGAGCUGGACGACACACUCGUCAUCCAUGACAAGAAGUCACUCUUCUCCAACAUCCUGCAGGUGCACGAUGUCAGCCAAAGGUUCCUGCAGGAUCUGCUGGCUCGAGUAGACGAGAGUGUGCUUAUCUCUGAUGUGUGUGACAUCAUUUACCACCACGCACACACACACUUUUCUGUGUACAUCGAGUACGUCAGGAACCAGGUGUAUCAGGAGAAAACCUACAGCAAGCUAAUGCAGUGUAACCGCAUGUUCCACACAGUAAUGAAGCGUUUAGAACAAUCUCCUCUCUGUAACCGGCUGCCAUUUACCUCCUUUAUGCUGCUGCCCUUCCAGAGGAUCACACGCAUCAAGAUCCUGAUACAGAGUAUUCUGAAGAACACAGUGGAGGGUUCAAAAGAGGAAAACUCUGCGUGUAGAGCUCUAACUACAGUGAAUGAGAUGAUCAAAGAGGCAAACACACAGGUGGGGCAGAUGAAGCAGAUGGAGGAGCUCAUACACAUCGCCACAAUGCUAGAGUUCGACAAACUCAAGGCGAUCCCUCUGGUAUCUCGGACGCGGUGUCUGGAGAAACAAGGUGAGUUACAGGAGCUCAUUAAAGGAGGAUCAAUGUUCAGCUUCCGCUUCCGUUUCAACCCCAUCUACAUCUUCCUCUUCAAUGACAUCAUCCUCCUCACACGCAGGAGCAGUGUAAAUGCAGAUCGCUUCCUGGUUCUUGACCACACCCACCGCUCUUUGGUUCAGAUUCAGACCCCAGAGGGAGGAAUUCAGUUAGACAACACCUUCAGUCUAAUAAUGCUGGAGAAUCACCAGGGAAAGAUGUGUGAGCGUGUACUAAAGGCUAACACAGAGUCAGACUUGCACAGAUGGAUGGCAGCAUUUCCAACGGUCUCUACAACAAAGCAGUUAAAUGAAGAGAGAGUGUAUGCUGACUGGGACUGCCCACAGGUCCAGUGCAUCCAGCAGUAUGUUGCGAAACAGGCUGAUGAGCUCAGCUUAGAACCCUCAGACAUCAUCAAUGUUAUACGAAAAACAAACGAGGGUUGGUGGGAGGGGAUUCGACUCUCAGAUCAGACGACUGGCUGGUUUCCUCACCAUGUUGUGAUAGAGAUCACUAACGAGCACCAGCGCCGCCGCAACCUCCUAGAACAAUACCGCAUCGCCCAGGCAGCCAAUCACAGCUUUACUACAGACAGCCAAUCACGGUGUUCCAAACUGAACUUUAUCACAGGAGGCCAGACCUGAGCACCAAGUUCACCUUGAGUGUCCAAUCACAACAGAGCAGAAGCACAGCUGGCUAAGUCAGGCACUCCAAGAGCUUCCACAGAUGCCAAACCAAACUCCAAAUGUUGCUUUAGAACACAGUUCACUAUUCAGGACAUAGACCUCCAUCAGCCAAUCAGAACAUGCUGAGCUCUGAGUGUGUCAUGUUUAAGAUGCAAAUAAACAUGGAACUAAAA